AUGUUCUGAUAUGGGCUUUCAUUCGAUUAAUAAGUAAAACCCUUCAAAUAAGCCCUAAAACUAAUACUCUGCCUGAACUGGUGUGUCUUCUCAGUCUGAUUUCUUCUCUCUCACUUUGUAACAACAAAUGGCGUUCUUUUCCUCUUUUCGCCGCAUCAUUGCCGGAUCCAGCAACAGCCUCUCGUCUUCACCAUCCUCAUGGGCUCGUCACUGUUCAACUCUUUCAUCUCCCAAGCUCUUCGUCAGCGGUCUCUCCAGACUCACAACCAAUGAAAAGCUUCAAGAUGCGUUUGCUCCUUUUGGCGAGCUUGUUGAUGCUAGAGUGAUUACAGACAGGGAUACAGGAAGAUCAAAAGGUUUUGGUUUUGUAACAUAUGCAACAAUACAAGAUGCAGAGAAGGCUAAGGAAGGAAUGAAUGCAAAGUUCUUAGACGGAUGGGUGAUCUUUGUUGAUCCUGCUAAACCUAGAGAACCAAGACGGCCAAUUCAUCAAGAGCAGCCUCAGUCUUCUUCCUCUGGAUCCGGUUUCACUACCAACAAAACCAUUGGGUGGUGUAAAUGAACACACAAAAAAGCCAAACACUUUUUGCAUUAUUUUUCUUUGUACCAAAUGGAAAAGUAGAUUCUUCAGAAGAACAUUUGUCUAUUUCCAUUUGAAGCAAAGGCAAAUUCAUUUCAGAACUUAACUUGUGUGUUUGAAAACAAUCAUAUGAUGCAGAAUGUUGACUAAACCGGA